CAGAUAUAGUGAAAUGCAGGGGUCCGGGGAGAUCAGGAUAUAGUGAAUGCAGGGUCCGGGAGAGAUCAGAUAUAAUGAAUGCAGGGUCCGGGGUUUAGUAACAGACUUUAUUGCAUACUCUGCUGUGGGAGACCAGAUAUAGUGAAUGCCGGUCCAAUCACAGAUAUAGUGAAUGCAGGGUCCGGGGAGACCAGAUAUUGUGAAUGCAGACCGGGGUCCGGGGGAGACCAGAUAUAGUGAAGAGGGUCCAGUAACAC